AUGAUCAACACGUACAAGGAUAUCCCUACGCGCCCGGAACAGGUUGGGUACGCUGUGGGCGAUGAAGUGUACGUAACAAAGGGCGAAAAGAAGGGUAUCACCUCCAAGAUUGUCUCCAUCGACUACAAAACCAAGUCUUUCAUCCUAGCCGAGGGGCCUACACAGAAGGUGCUCGUGCCGCCAUCAAUGGUACCACCGGGUCACAACUCCAGACUCAUCGAGUACCCGUUGAGAAUGACUGAAAAAGAAAUCCAGCUCGUCGGGACCUUCUACAAGGACGGCAAGGUUGCCAACAAGUUCAUCGCGGCACAGGUCGAGUACCAGGGUGCCGAGUGGAGCGACGAGUACAACCGCAUGAUGCCCCACAGAGUCGUUAAGGGCCACCGAAAGACCAUCCGCAUUCCAUGGCCCGCCCCAGAGCCGUUCAAAGACUCCGUCAUGUGCACCCCUGCCGAGACUGUGUUGAAAACCACCUACCAGUUGGACUCGCUUGUCGAGUCGCCAAUCCCGGCAGACGCACUCCCAACCAUCAGAAACCCGCACUCCAAGUUCAGAAAAAACAACUUGACCGAAAAGGACAUCUGGAAGUUGACUCCGCCAAAGAUGCCAUUGUCCGAGACGAAGAAAGCCGCGCUUGCCGAGAGAGCCGCGUUUAAGGCCAAGGGCUGGACUGCCUUGACCCCAGAGAUGAAGGACUUUAUCGGGGAGAGAGUCGCCAAGCAUGUCAAUGAGGUGUCAGAUGUGCAGGUCAAGGAGCACUUGAACUCGCUUAUGCGUGAUGUGAAGAACGUGGAUUAA